AUGCGCUUGGCCAAGUUCUUCUCUUACCGCAUGGAGUCAUACAAGGAGCUCACUUGCAGCUUGGAGAUCUUUUGGUUUCACUAUGGAGAGGGAACCCAUUGGGAAUCAAGGAAGGAUGAGCUCCAAAGGGUUUGGGCUACAAUCGCUGAGGAGGUACUCUUCCUCAAGGUCCAAAGGCUGCUCAGAUCAGGAGCCCAGUGCUUGAGAUAUGUGCACAAGGCACUUGCCAACACCUUCUUUGCAAGGAAGGCACUGGGACAAUCAAUGAAGGAGGUGAAGCUCCUUGACAUGGGAAUCAAGCCCAUCAUCUCACGCACAAGGAUGGGAAGAAUCAGAGGAGAUAGAUCCUGCAGGGAAUUCAUGCCUCUCCUUGACCAGCUCUCUCCUACAAGACAAGCCUAUACACUAGCUGGAGUCCAUGACAAGAGAAGGUCUACUCCAGCAGGAUGGAUGGACAUCAAGUUUUGCAAGACCAACCUCCUCAUUGAGCACAAGGAGUUGGAUGGGAGGUUCCAAUUCAAGUUCACACAUCCAUUGGCUGGCCCUUCCAAGCUUCUUCUGCCCAACCCUGAGCUCACCACAGAGGAGCCUGAACUCGAUCGAGCUGAGGAUCGAGCUGAGGACAAGCUCAGGAAUGCGGAUUUGGGUGAGCCUGAGUGCUAUUAUUUUGAGGAGUAUGAGGCUCCAAGGAUGAACCCCUCUGUUGUGGCUGCCCACAAGAGGAUUGGACUUCUCCAAAGGUUCAACAAGUGGCAAGGGAAAGCCAUGGAAAGAUGCAAAAGUCCAUGGACAAGAUGGUGA